AUGCCAGAUGAGCAUGAAGCUAGGGUGCACAGCCGGUCGUACCAGCCCGACGACCCGGAGUUCUACUUGGAUGAGCAUAACCAGUUGAACCCUGGUGCGGAGUUGGCCGUCAUGUUGCGACGUAUUUCCGGUAGUAUUGCUCGUGUAGUCAUUGUAAAUUGGCUGCGGGCGCCGUUCAGUCGUGUUUUCCUACUGCAGUGCGCUCAGGGAGAACUUGUAAAAAAUGGGCGGCUUCCCCUCGGCGGCUUCGGUGGCAUUCGCGGUUGUGUGUAUUACAUCAUCACAAAGGAGGGUGUCUUGGGUCUCUUCCGUGGGUGCCUCGAAGACAUGGUGUUAGCGGUACCAGCGUACAUUGCCGAGAUAUUGGUAGCCCUCGGUAUUGCGAAGCUGCAGCAGCAGUUAGCCCCUCUCUCUUGGUCCGCUGCAGUCAUGCUGGGCGUCGCAGCACCCGGACUUCGGGUGGUGUUCACGGCGCCUGUUGUGGGGUACAAGAAUACAGUGUUAUGUAACUAUGUUGCAGAUAUUGUUGCCCCCAAUGGGAACAAGACGCUGGCAAAAGAAGAUGUAGAAGAAGCGUACCUGUAUAGCUCGUCGUCGGAAGCUGCAACAGCUGUGAAAAAGCAAUAUGGUUGGAAGGGACUCUUCUUUACAGGUGUGGAUAUUGACGUCGCCGCUGUCUACGCGCAAAGCAUCACUACACAAAUCGUGGGAUUGCUAAUCAUGCCGAAAUUAGAGCACUUUAUCCGAGUGCAAUGCUCACAGCCUGGGUGGCGUCUUGCAGCCAUGCUUGCCUCAACUCUCGGUGUGCGCUUGAUGUGUGGGAUCGUAUUUCAGCCCUUUCAGGUCAUGCGUGCACGCACAGCACUUCUCCCGACAGCAACGGAGCUGAGGCAGAGGAAACGAUGCUGGUUCUGGCGAUCUGCGCAGAAUAUUGUACGACAGGAUGGCAUCACAGCACUGUGGGCCGGGUUGCGCAUGCGUUUACUGCGGGAUGUGUGCGGCGCUCUACUUGAUACCAUGUUUGUCGGUUUGAGGCGACGUUCCUCCUGA